UUGAAACAACUGAAAGGGAAACGAAUUUUAUUUUAUUAAAGCAAACACAAAGCGAAAUGACGUGUACAGGCGUACUCAAGCCACUGCCGCCGACGUAUCAAAAAUUGAUGGUAGAAAACUUGACGGUUAUACGGCCACCCAUACUAAAGAUUUACUAUUGGGAGAGUUUCGAUAUAGCAGGGCUGAAUAAAAAACUGCGCUCGAAUCAACAGUAUCAUGACCAUGUCUUGGUCAUACCUGUGCGUCAGAUUCAAAGUCAGCCGCUCAAGAUGAUCUUCUGGCUACGCAAUAUGUCCGCCAAGCCGCUGACUUUGAAUCUGAAGCGCAUACAGAACUGUGCGUGUAGACCGCUGCAAACGCGCGUAGGCUUCAAUCAAUUUCGCCAGCUCUACCAUUGCCCACAUCGUCGUCUCAUACACUUGAGCCAAGAGACGCUCAAUCUGAAGCCGGAUGAGGUGCUGCCCUUGAGUGUCACGGCGCACUUUUUUCUCUAUGGCAUGCACAUGCUAAUCUAUGAGGUGCACACUGAAGAUAAACGCAUGUUUACAUGGAAAUUCCAGCUGGAGAUUUCUGCUUUCGAUCCGGACAAAUGUCUGCUGACCAAGGAGCUGCUGCCAGUGAAUAUUAAACACUUUCAGCAUGUUACUCAACCCAUUUGGGUGCAGAAUAUAACCAUGACGCAUCUGGCCUUCAACUUCUCCACACGCGAACGUUCCUUCAAGCUGCACAAUUCGAACUUAACUGUGCCCAGGCAAAGCGUUUGGCCGCUGCUCGUGGAAUAUCGUCCUUUGGACUAUGAGAACGAGCUUGAGCUAGUGCUCACCUUUGACAAGUCCAAGGCACGCUAUAAGAUCAAGGCACGUGGCAUUAUAACUGAUGAGGAUGAGCUCACUGACAUGCCGCUGAAGGAUAGACAAUCUGCUGAUUAUCUCUAUGUAAUCUACCCGAAUCGCCUGAGUUUUGACAUUUGCCUGCGCGAGCGUCGCACUCAGUUGGUAAAUGUUCAUAACUAUGGGCAAAAUUGCAUGGAGUUUCGCUGGCAAAACUACAUUAUCAGCGAUUUUUUCGCAGUUACCUUUGAGCCUGCUGUCUUUCAUCUUAAGGGGCAUCACUCGAAGCUCUGCGAGAUAAAGCUGACUGUCUACGAUCGCCUUAUCUUCUUUCGUCGCAUACCCAUUGUGCUGGAGGUGCAUCGCAUACUCGAUGAGGCCACAUUGAUUGCCCAAGCUGAGCUCUCCGAAAUCGAGUCCAUUGAUGAUCCCAAAUGGAAGGAGGACAGCUACAUAGAGCAUGUAUUUUUGCAUCUCAACGUACGCGCCUCAACGCGUGACAUUGUUGACACUGAGCUGGACAACAUGGAUCAGGAUGUGGGCCUCUGCUCGCCUUGCGGUGGUGCGGGCCUAGAUGUUGGUGCUGCUGGCGAUGCCACGCCCACAUCGCAGCCAAGCCCGGAGCAAAAAAAGCAGACAGAACGCGAGCAAACUGUUAGACGUCUGGCAGCCAAGAACAAACUGAAUGCCAACGAGAUCAUUGAGCUCAGCAUGGCCAUCGAUCAGCGCACCACCAUAUUCGAGAAACUCUUUUGGAAAUAUCUAUCCAAGUCGAGCUUCAUGCGCAUUGGCGCCACUCGCUCGCGUUCCAAUGCCAACAAAACCUAUCAGGAGGUGGUCGUAGGCGAGCUUGUCUCACAUAGCACCAGCAACCACAAUACGGUCGAUCGCAACACUGUUAUGGAAGUUAUCAGUCGCUUGAUGGUGGAUGCCACCAAUGAUCUGGCAAAGAACUGGAUAUUUAUACCCUCGCAGUAUUAUGAUCGUCAAACUUAAGUUAACAGACUUGGCUUGAAAGCGAAAGAUGCCGGUGGCUUUGUAGAGUUGGACUUAUGUAGUGUAGACUUAUGCCCCAGCAAAGCCAUU